CAGUGAUAGUGCGUUAUGUGCGGAGUGUCGCAAACAAGCAGCUAGCGUCCGCCUGCCCCGGCAUGCGCUUCUAGCCAUGCCAGCGUCCGGGCCAUGGCGCAAUAUACACAGAGGACACAGCCGAUGCACAGGCCCGGGCAGUCAGACCACGGGCACGGCGCGCUGGCGUUCGGCGGCAAGCCGGCCGCGGGGGCGGUGGUGCAGCCCCGCGCCCCCGCGGCGCCCUACCCCCCGCAGUACCCCGCGCUGCGGCUGCACCAGCCCGGAUAUGGGUCGGCUGCGCUCUCCUUCAGUUCCAGGGACAGCAACUACCGCGGCGGCGGCGCUGUCGGCGAAUACCGGCCGGGCACGCGGAUGUCGAUCCUGGGGACCGCCUACCUGCCGCCGCCCGCGCCGCCCGCGCACCACCCUCCCCCCGCGGACCCGCCGCCCUUCAAGAAGAUCAGACUUACGGCCGAGCGACACCAGCCGCUCAGAGUCGACACUAGGGAGCCGGUGAAUAGCUACGGGGCGGUGGAGGUGCUGUCUCCCAACCCCCCCUCCGAGCCCACGGUGGAGGAGCAGAGCUUCCGCACCACCAAGGAUGAGCUCAUACAGCAGAUCUCAAAGGUGGAUCGAGAGAUGGCGCUAUCAGAGGCGAUGCUAGCGAAGCUGAAAAAGAAACAAGAGGAGCUAGAGCAAACCGCCACGAAGCCCGCGGCCGCAGCCGAGCCGGAGGAGGCGCCACCGCGUCACCGGAGCCUCGCGCAGAACAUCUACGCGGAGAACCGGAAAAAGGCGGCGUCAGCACACGCAGUCCUAGCGCAUCUCGGCCCUCCCGUGUUAUACCCCUUGUACAACCAGCCGCAGGAUACGGAGGUGUACCACGAGAACAUCCGCAAGCACCGCGGCUUCAAGAAGCGGCUCGUCGAGCAUGUGCGACGGUUGCGGCUCGAAGCUGAAAAGAGAGAAGACGCGCUAGCGGAGGAGUACAGCAAGCGGGCGGUGGAGUGGGCGAGACGGGUGGAGCGGAUCGAGCAGGGCCAGAAGCGGAAAGCGAAGGACGCGCGGAACAGAGAGUUCUUCGAAAAGGUGUUCCCUGAGCUAAGAAAGCAGCGCGAGGAACGGGAACGCUUCAACCGUCUCGGCGCGCGCGUGAAGUCCGAAGCGGAACUGGAAGAGAUCGCGGACGGCCUUCACGAGCAAGAGCAUGAAGUCAAGAAGAUGAGGUCAUUGACCGUUGUGCCUCCUCUACUCAGGGACCCCAGGGACCCCGCACCGGUCUAUAAAGACACCAAUCGACGGUGUAUGGACAUGGAGGCGGAACACAAGGAGCUCGAACACAAAAACGUCUGGACGACCCCUGAGCGGGACCUCUUCAAGGAGAAGUACCUCCAGCACCCCAAGAACUUCGUCCAGAUCGCCUCCUUCCUGCCUAGAAAGAGUGUUGGGGACUGUGUCAGAUUUUACUACCUAUCAAAGAAAAGAGAAAACUACAGACAACUCCUUCGGAAGACGCGGCAGCGGCGCACGGCGCGAGGCAACCCGCCGCGGCCGGCGCCCGAGCCUGAGCUACCCGCGGGGGUCGUUACCAGGUUACAGCGGUCACAAGGCACGGUAGCGCGGCCCGGCCAAGGAGCAGACAAGGAGCCGAGCCCGGAGGAGGCGCUGGGGGACGCCAGCCCGCCCGCCGCCGCGCCGCUGCAGCCCGCCCCGACGGAGAUAACCCGCACGCCGCCGCUGCCGCCGUCGCCGCCGCCGGCGUCGUCGGCGCCGCCCGCGCCGGUCACGUCGACGGCGGGCGGCGCCGUGCCCGCCGGCAGCCCUGCGCCGCCCGAGCCGCCGCCGCCGACCCAACCCACGCAGACGACCUCCACAACGCCCGCGUCGUUAACAACAACAACAACAACGACGAGCUCGCCCUCCCCCUCGCCGACGGUGACCGUGACGCCGGCGCCGACGCCGCCGCCGCCGAGCGUGGCGCCGACGCCGCCCGCCGCGCCGCCGACGCCGACGCACACGCCGCAACCGGCGCAGCCGCCCACUCCGCAACCCCCCGCCACGCCCGAGACAGCCGUGAUAGAGCGCAUCAGCACGCCGUCAACGCCCGCCGCGGCGCCCACGCCGACGCCGACGCCAACGCCGACACCAGCGGCGUGUGCGGUCUGCGGCGCCGCCGGCGCCACGCGCGCCGUCUCGCGCUCGCGGGCGCUAUUCUACGGGCUGCGGGAGGAUGCCGCGGGCAGUCGCGUGUGCGACGCGUGCCACACCAGGUGCGUCCGCUGCAGGUACACUUGGUGUCCGUCGUGUCACGGGCCGAAGGUGCGCGCGAAGCGCCUAAGGCACCUGCCGCCCAAGUGGCACGACCUCUCGCCCGAAGUCAAGAAACCUCUUCUGGACGAGUGGAACAUCCCAAGCGACCUCAGCAAAUGCUGUCUCAGCUGCUUCAAGAAGAUCACCCGCUGGCUAGAAACAGUCGGCGAGCACCCAACCCCCGACCCGACCGAAGAAGAAGCCUCCAGAUUCAGGACACUACUCAGAGAACAUGGGACUUCCUGGGAGAAAAUGGCUGCCGGCAGCGGGAAGACCCCUGCUAGCUUCAAGGCGUUUUACUUCACGUAUCGGAAAAAGUUGCAACUAGAUGCACUGGUGGCGGAGAGACCGCCGCCGAAGGGCAGCGAUACUGAUGAUAGCGUCCUGAGUUCCGGAGACACGGACACGGCGAGCGCUGAAGUAGACUCCAGCGCCACCGAGACCGCCGCCGCCGCCCGUGUCUGCAGUGUCCUCAGUAGUGUCCCACGGACACGCGCCUUCGCCGCCGCCCGAGCCCGCGCCCGCGCGCCCGCGCCGCGACGACAGGUCCCUCCCCCCGCGGUGGCCCCGCGGUGGCGCCCGCGCGCCCGCGUCGGCGGCGCCCGCUUUACUACGGAACGGGCCGGGCGCGCCGCCGCUCACCGUUAG